AUGCUCGGCCGUCUCAUCUACGUCCUCCUCCUAAUGGUCAACGCCAUCGCAGUCCUCUCCGAAGACCGCUUCCUCGCAAGGAUCGGAUUCGGUCGCCCGCAAGCUGACCCGGCCUUCGGCGCAACGUACGACAGCACCAGCGUGAAAGCGAAAUCGGUCAAUUUGAUCGCCAGUGUGAGGACUGUGAUGCGGACUAACGCGAACGCUCUCUCUGGCUACAACAGUACCCCUAAUCGUAUUCAACACGAUGGUAAUCGGGUACGAGCUGGUCCUCGGGUGAUCCGUGGUCUACGUUUUACAAAUACAAAUACCAAUUUCGCAUUUUCUUUACGUUCCGUUUCGUCUUCAUUGUUUCGAUUCUAUUUCCGAUUCGAUGAUCGAUGUUUGAUUCAUUUUGAUUCGGUUUUGGGUAUGGAUGAUUGA